GGGAGGCGACACCGGCGCGGCGGCGUGCCGGCCAGCGCGAAUCGUAAGAUCGAUGCCUCAAAGGCUGCUGCUAAGAGGAUACCAGAGACGUUGUUUGGACUGUUCUUUGAAGAGAUCAAUCACGCUGGAGCUGGUGGAAUAUGGGCAGAAUUAGUUAGUAACAGAGGUUUUGAAGCUGGAGGCGCCCUUACUCCAUCGAGGAUCGAGCCAUGGUCAAUCCUUGGGAACACAUCAACAAUACGCGUAACAACAGAUAGAUCUUCUUGUUUCAAGAGAAAUGUUUUUGCUCUAAAGAUGGAGGUUCUUUGUGAAGACUGUCCGCCCGGUGGUGUUGGCAUUUCUAAUCCUGGAUUCUGGGACAUGAAUAUAGAUGUUAUGGCGCUGCUAGAAGGAGGGCGCGAGAGGGCCGGCCGGGGGCCUUUUGCCCACGGCCGGGCAAGAUGGAAGGGAUUUCCUUCUUAAUUCUUGCUUGAUUAGAUUGAUACAUCUCCUCUCUUUAUAUAGAGAGGUUUACUUGACUCCCAAGCAAGGCUUUACUUGACCCCUAAGCAAGCGACCCUUAUCUCUAAUUAACCCUAAGACUAACGGGCUAUACCGCCAGCCCAGGC